CAUGUCACAGAGAGUCUAUGAUGAAAGCAGCCUGGGACUAGUUUGCCGCCAUGAUUUUAGGAUUGUUUCUGCUUCUUUUCAACGCUGGCCAUAUGUUGUCCUUACAACCUCCCGAUGUGGACUGCAUUACAAUAGAUGUGGUCUAUGUGUUCUGUACCUGGGGUGGACACGGGACUCCAGAGGUCAAUUACACCUUCCUCAGCUGGUUUGAUAAAAACCCACAGCCAAACAAGUGUGACACCUACAUCUCAGAGAAUGGUACUAACACGGGAUGCAAGCAGCCCUAUGACGACCUAAAAAUUAAAAGGUUUAAUACGUUUCACACAAAGCUGAAGUAUGGAAACGUCAGUUUUCUGAAUGAACACCCGGACCUCAAAUCAAAGGUGAAGCUGAAUCCCCCGACCAAUGUAACUUUUGAGAUUGGAUCAGAGUCCAACUUGUGGUUCUAUUGGAAUCACAGUUUUGCAGAUUGUGCGGAGUGUCAGGUCCGCUACAGGACCAAUAACAACAACUGGGAGGUGUCAACCCUCGGUUAUCGGAAGCACAAUUACUGUAUCAACUUGCCCUCCAGAACAUCCCGCUAUGAGCUGCAAGUAAGGAGCACUGUUGGAGAGUUAUGUGCCAAGUCUAUUUAUUGGAGUGACUGGAGUCAGCCUGUCUUCUGGGGGCCCGUGAGCAAAAACCACAACCCCAGUAGACCAGACUCUCUGCUGCUCUCUCUGUUGGGGGCCAUCACCCCUUUUGUUCUGCUGGUCAUGGUCACAACAGUGUACCGUGAAAGGAUAAAAGUCAUCCUCCUCCCUGUUUUCCCUAACCCAUCCGAGAAGUUCAAGUUUAAUGAGUUUCUGAUCCAUGACAACGUAGAGGAGUGGCUUCACAUCUCCAAAGGCCUGAAGGAGGGGUUGAAACCCAACUUCAAUGAGCACAUCUGUUCUGUUCGCGAGUACAACCUCGGGCCCGACUCUGCCAGCGAGUGCUCAGACAGCUCUUCUUCCUCUGUCGCCACCGACCAAACCAACUGCUCCAUCUCCAUGGAGUCAAAUGAAUCAGAUUGCCUGUCGCUUUCCUGCUCCUCCUCGGCCUCCACUCUUCCUUUCUCCUCUGAGGAGGGGCAGAAUACUGUUUAGGAGGUAUGCCUCCAACAAGAAGGAGUUUACUACCAUCAGGGGUAUCUUUUUAAAGUUACAUUUGACUCAACUCUUGCACAACUGGAGGGCAAAAAAAAAAAGUUUAAAAAAAAAUGAAUUGAUGACCAUAUGGUAAUUUCACCUGAUAUGAAAAGAAACCAGAUUUGUCUGUUGAGAUACUUUGAAGUUAAAGGAACAUUUAAGUCACAGUGCAAGAGUACUGGGGGUCAGUACAAGCUUCAAACAAUUUGGGAGACCAGUCUCCAAUGGGACCCAAAGCAAUUCAAAAUCUGCCUUUGAAUCAUCAGCUAUCAAUAAAGCUUUAUUGACAGCUGUUGAUUGCUUAUGGCAUGAAACAGGCUUGUACUCUCUCAUAAAGAAUUUACUUGACUAACUGGAUUAUUUUGCCCCAUAUUUGUUGAGCACUUUCCCUACCAUUAAGUGUUUCUUUAUAUAUAU